UCGCUCAACUCGUCAUCGCGGUGGUCAAAAACAGCUGGAAUGGCGUCUCGUUCGCUGCUCCGCGCGUCUUCUGCAGUCCGGCACGCUCGACGAUAUCGCCAACCAGUUCCAAUAUGGUUCUCAUCGACGCCCUCAAAGGACGUGCCAAAAGAUGCAAGUACGGCCGUACAGACCCCGGCUCGUCAGCAGUCCUGGCUUACCCAGAAAGUAAAAUCAAACCCGGUUUUUUAUACUAUCUUUCUCGGGCUCGCACGGGCACUCGGGUACGGGUCGCCGCAGCAAUUGGCCAACCGGCGAGCUCUCCAUCUAUACAACCACCUCUGUGCAAAGCGUGCAGAUGAAGAGGCUGACUUUUGGAAGAAUGAAUGCGCCCUUCCACCGACAUUUCAGUCUUGGUUUACAACUACCAACUUCCAUGUCUGGCUUCUGACUGUCCGCCUCCGUUCGCUCCCCGCUCCGCACGGAAAGCAACAUAUCCAAGGUCUGAUCGACCAUUUUUUCCAGGACGUCGAAGAACGCGUUCGGUAUGUCCUCCAACCUGGUUUGUUGCCUCCUCGCUCGCCUUCUCCGUCUUCACCAAACUCCCCCAAAAUUUCCACACCGCUGCCCCAAGUCCGUGCCGACAACGCAUCGUACAUCUCUCCGUAUCUACCAAGCCAGUUCUACACCCAACCGUCCUCACUCCCACCACCGGACUCGUUUCCGUCACCUACUGCAUAUGCAAAAGCCCAGAAACGUGGCCGUGCUGCAGAGCGAGUCAUCGUACGACAAAUGAAGAUCCUCAAAGAACAGUGGGUUGGUCUCGGCAUGAGCAUGGAUCUCGGACUCUUGCGCGGAGAUGCGGAGCUCGCAGCAGCAGUCUGGCGCAACCUCCUCGGUGCUCGGGGGGCCGCAGGUGUCGGCCUCCCAAUCGAAAACGGGGUUAAAGCUGAUGACACCCGUCCUGCAUUUAGACGAUCAGUGAACCUUGUCGGUGGCGCGGUCGACCGUGUGGAUAAGUUGAAUAUCGAUGCAGAAGAAAUGAAAGAUGACCAAAGUGGUGUACACGAUUUCCCCCCACACGAAAGUGAUCGGUAUAUAUCCUAUCCAGAGAUAAUGUCCGCCCUCGUAACAUACGUUCGACGAGAAGCUCAGCGCCUGGAAAAGGUUGCCGAUUCCUCGAUACUUGGACCCCGUACCGUCGGACGGGAGGGCGAGGGUAUUAAGGCACUUCGGUGGGGACCAAUAAGGCAGUAGCACCGAGGUUCUCCUCCGUCUUGUAGUUCAC